GUGUACGACAAACUCAGCAAGACUUCAAGAUGGUUCGUUACGCCGCCGCUGCCCUCGCCACUAACCCCGAGAAAACUUCCCGCGCCCGGGGUGAGUACCUCCGGACGCAUUUCAAGAACAUGCGUGAGGUUGCCGCUGCGUUGACGGGCCUCAAGCUCACGAAGGCGUACGCCUACCUCAGCGACGUUUCCGAGCACAAGCAGGUCAUCCCCUUCCGCCGGUUCUCUGGUGGUGUUGGCCGUGCUAGCCAGGCCAAACAGUUCAAGGCUACUCAGGGUCGCUGGCCUGAGAAGUCCGUCAAGUUCAUCCUCCGCCUCUUGAAGAACGCUGAGUCGAACGCGGAUGCGAAAAACCUUGAGCUCGAGGACCUCUACAUCAAGAACAUUGUCGUUCAACAGGCUCCCAAAACUCGCCGCCGCACGUACCGUGCGCAUGGUCGUAUCAACCCAUACCAGGGGCACCCUACUCACGUUGAGAUCAUCUUGUCGGCAUCCGAUGCGGAGGUCGAGCGGGCGAAGGACAAGGACAUUGUUGCCGCUUCAUCACUCUCCGGCCUCAACAGGCGACAAGUCGCCCGCAGACGGAUCGAGGCUGCGCGGGUCCCCGCUCCGGCCGCAUAAGUCCGUGAUUCCGUCCGUUGAUAGUGCGGUGUUAUGGGGAGGUUGUUGGUGGGAGCCAUGCCAUCUGCUUGCGACGCAUUGGUCGUGCAUCGUUGUCUUCAUACAUAUGCGUAUGCCAUGUCGCGAAAACGAGAAGUGAGCGAGCGAUACUAUACAUGGAUUAUGCAUCUUUCCUUGCACUU